AUUUUGAUUCGUAAAAAUCAACGUCAAUUAAUGUAGGUGCUAUGUCAUUGGUUAUUUUGCAUUUAAAGACACCGCCUCCUGGAAUAAAGCCACGCCACGAGUUAUUUCGUUUGUCUUGUGUGAGAGAGUUGCGCGAGUGGAAGUUGUAAAAUAAGACAGUGAUUGUUUUGUUACGGGUCUUUCCUAUGUUGAUUUGCUCUCUUCCCAUCCACCGCAACAGACCCUGGCCUGCAAGUAUUGGUGCAACAAGUUGCAUAGCUUCCUGGCUUGAUGAUGGGAGAAGAACCUGCGACGAGAGAGACAGAGAUGUCUGACGCUGGCUCAGACGAGGAGUUGGAGCUUCCCGCACGGAUGGAGGAGGGGAGUCACAACGGGAGUAUCAGAAAGGGUUGUGAUCCAUGUUCCCAGACCCAGCGCAGUAAGCUGCAGCACCGUAGAGCUCGUAUCAACCAGCAGAUCAACAAAGAGAUGAGGAUGAGGGCUGGGGCUGAAAACCUCUUCAGAGCCACCACUAACACCAAGGUAAAGGAGACUGUGGCUCUAGAGCUGAGCUUUGUCAACUCUAACCUGCAGCUACUGAAGGAAGAGCUAGAGGAACUCAACAGCAAUAUGGAGGUCUACCAGACAGAGAGUGAAGCCAUCAAUGUUCCCAUGAUCCCACUGGGUCUGAAGGAGACCAAGGAAGUGGACCUCACUGUCCCUCUCAAGGACAUUAUCUGUGAGCACUAUGGAGAGGACAGCUCUUUGUUUGAGAAGGAGAUCAAGGAGUUAAUGGAGCUCAGACAGGCCAUGCGUACCCCCAGUCGUAAUGAAGCAGGUUUGGAGCUUCUGAUGGAGUAUUAUAACCAGCUGUACUACCUGGACCAGAGGUUCUUCCCCUCACACAGAACACUAGGAGUCCACUUCCACUGGUAUGACUCUCUGACAGGUGUGCCGUCGUGCCAGCGUGCGUUGGCGUUUGAGAAGGGCAGUGUGCUGUUCAACGUGGGGGCUCUCUACACACAGAUAGGAGCCAGACAGGACCGCUCUGCUACAGCUGGCAUAGACCGGGCUAUAGACGCCUUCCAGAGAGCUGCAGGUGCAUUUAACUACCUGAAGGAGAACUUCUCCAACGCUCCCAGUCUGGAUAUGAGUGGCCCGUCACUAUGCAUGCUGGUCCGCCUGAUGAUUGCCCAGGUGCAGGAGUGUGUGUUCGAAAGAGUCACACUCACAACUCAGGACACGCACUUCAUCACCCAGCUACAAGUGGCAAAGGAGGCCGCACGGGUAUCUGAUGUGUAUAGCUUGGUACUCCAGACCAUGUCUCAGACCCUUGUGAAGGACUAUGUCCCAUUCUCCUGGGCCUCCAUGGUUCAAGUGAAAGCAGAACACUUUAGAGCCCUCUCCCACUACAAUGCUGCUGUCGCUCUCUGUGACCACACCCAGUCCAUUGAGGAAGGGGGUGACGAAGAGUCAGCGAAGGCUCUCUUCCAGUUCCAUGUCAGUACUCCUGCUGGACCCCCACUCAGCCAGGUGCUCAGAGACCCUGAGGACAGACGCAAACUGGGGAAGGCCCACCUGCGUUGUGCAGUGAUCAGACAUGAGGAGGCUAUGAGAGUACAUGGUCUAUGUAAGAUCCUGAGGAAGAUGGAUAUUCUACAGGAGGUGCUCUCUUUCGUGUACAAACGCUCCCUGGACAAAUACUCUGAGAUGGACCGAGAGGACGACUUUGAAGAGACUGCAGAGGCCCCCGAGAUACACUCUCAAACCCAGCACAAACCAGACAUCACAGCACCCAACUUCUCCACUGUCCCAGUCACUGACAUCUUCCAAAGGCUGGGACCCCUGUCAGUGUUCUGUGCGAGGGCACGCUGGGGGCCGGUGCGUGUGGUGAGUCUCCAGCGAGGGGAUGGGGGUCUGGGGCUGACUCUUAGAGGAGACUCUCCUGUCCUUGUGGCUGGAGUGGUGCCGGGGGGAUGUGCCCAGGAGGCAGGUUUGAGGGAGGGGGACUAUAUAGUGGCGGUGGAUGGAGAGGACUUUAAGUGGGCUAAACAUGGAGAGGUGGUCCACAUCCUGAAGAGCUGCAGCGACAGAGGAGUACAACUCAGCAUCAUCACACUGCACACACACGACACACAGGUGGAUAGGAGGCAAGUGAUGCUCUCCCCCAGCGGAGACGAAGCGAAUGCUCGGCAACGGACCAUGGGCAGGGCUAAGGGGCAGAGCACCGCCCCCUUACUCAACUGGAACAGGAAGAAGAAUGGGGGAGGAGGCAGAGCCACCAAGAGACUGGGCAGCACCUUCAGUCUGCCGUUUGGAAACCUUCGGGACAGUGAGUCCAUGUACUGAGGGCACAGCAGACAUGUUAGUCUAUUCCAAACAGUGCACUACCAGCCAAAAGUAGUGCACUAGGGAAUAGGGUGCCAUUUCAGACUGUGCCAUAGAUAGAUAGACAAACCACUCAGGGAAUGACAGGUGGACAUGUUACAAUACAAGGGUGUGUUGUAAAUGACUGGAUAUUGAAUGUGUUAUAGCAUCAAAGCAAGGAGAGGAAGAGGAGGAUCGUAGGAAAAGAGGAUGCUUGGUCCAGAUUACAGCAGUUUCAUCUGCAGAGAAACCGUUUUAGAAAGCAGGUGACUGCAUGUAUCUGUCGCUGAGGGAGUUGAGACCAUGUAAAUGACGUCCCAAAAUAGGCUACAUGUUGGGGCCCAGUGUUAUUGUAGCUUACUAUUUUACAGAUGGAAGAAGACUCAAUGUCAAACUACAGCCGCUGAUCCAAAGACCACAUGUCUUAAUCAGUGAAAAUAUAGGUGUAUAAACACUAAUCGCCUUUUGUAGAGAAUAAUAAUGUUUUGUAUACUUUCAAUGCAUUCUUUUCUGCAAAAGCUGGGUAAAUGCUCCCGUAAAAAAAAAGGUGCACAAACAGCUUUUACGUUUUUGGUGUUUACCCUCCACUACACCACUGGUCUUAAUGUUAAACAUGUUUUACUGUAUCCCAGAGUCCUGCUGUUCCACUCCAGUUCUAACCAGGUCGCUCAACUCAACAGUAAAAACAAGGACAUCCAUUCAGGACCUGAGUUUAGCCCUCACUUCCUCAAGUUAGAGCAUUAUGCAGCUUGUUGAAGCAGAGAAUGUAUAGCUGUAGCCAUGGCACUGCAUUCCAUUCUCCUACCAGUGUUCUAGAGUGGUUGAUGUAAAGUCCUUUGUUUCUGUUUGAUAGUUGAGUACAAAUGACUACCUACAAAGUACUUCAAUGGUUAUACACUGAGUGGACAAAACAUUACAGACACCUGCUUUUUCCAUGAGACUGACCAGGUGAAUCCAGGUGAAAGUUAUGAUCACCUGUUAAAUCCACUUCAAUCAGUGUAGAUGAGCGG